AUGAAGUAUCUAUCUAUCUAUCUAUCUAUCUAUCUAUCUAUCUAUGCACUAUUGAAUAAUAAGUUAUCAUUACCUUCUUGUAAAUAUGGCCGAUUGUAUACGUUAUCUAUCGCUAUCUACCCCUAUUUCUCUCACCCUAUCUAUUUAUCUAUCUACUGUAUAUUUAAGCAUUAUUACCUUUUGUACAUAUGGCCGAUUAUAUAUAAUCUAUCUAUCUAUCUAUCUAUCUAUCUUGCAUAUUUAAGCAUUAUUGCCUUAUGGUACAAAUGGUCGUUAUCUAUCUAUCUAUCUAUCUAUCUAUCUAUCUAUCUAUCUGCUAUUAAUUUCAUUUUACUUUUCUCAAUAUUUUUCUAUCAAACAACAUACUUUCAUAUCUAUCUAUCUAUCUAUCUAUCUAUCUAUCUAUCUAUCUAUCUAUCUAUCUUAUUUUAUUCAUUAACUGUGUUAGUCUAUUCAUUAUCUACCCCUCUAUCUUAUACUAAUCAUUAUCUAUCUAUCUUAUUUUAUUCAUUAUCUGUGUUAGUCUAUUCAUUAUCUAUCGCUCUAUCUUAUACUAAUCAUUAUCUAUCUAUCUAUCUAUCUAUCUAUCUAUCUAUCUAUCUAUGUACUUUAUAA